CAACUCGCUUACGUACGGUGUCAACGCAUCAAUGCAACAUGGGAGCCCUCUGAACAAGCAGAAGAAUUAAUGUAGAAUAAGUUUCAUCAGCCAACUGUUUACUACGGUUGGCAAAGGAGCAAAAGCUCCGGCAGGGUCAUGAAUGCAUACGGGCCACUAAUUUUCGUGUUUUCUUGCUAGGUAAAAUUAUUUGGUUGCAUGCGACUUUAUUUAUAUAGUUGCAUUUUAAAAAAUCAGACCUAAUUGCAGUUUCAAUUAUGAGGUUAUUUAAAUUCCUGUUGACAAACGUUGCUCCGAAAAUAGAAUAUUACUCCAGAUUCUCUCCUUCGCCGCUCUCUAUCAAGCAAUUUUUGGAUUUUGGUCGGGAAAAUGCAUGUGAGAAAACCUCCUACAUGUUCUUGCGGAAGGAGCUGGCUGUGCGACUGGCCAACACCAUGAGAGAGGUCAAUCUGCUGCCUGAUAACCUGCUCAGCCAGCCCUCUGUCAAACUGGUGCAAGCAUGGUACAUGCAAAGCUUUGUGGAGCUGCUGGGUUAUGAGAACAGAGGGCCGGAGGAUGCCCACACCCUGAACGAUUUCCUGGAAGUUUUGAUCAAGAUCCGGAACCGGCACAAUGAUGUCGUACCUACCAUGGCCCAGGGUGUGAUAGAGUAUAAAGAGAAAUUUGGCUUCGACCCAUUCAUCAGCAGCAACAUCCAGUACUUUCUUGACCGGUUCUACACCAACCGGAUAUCGUUUCGGAUGCUCAUCAACCAGCAUACUCUCCUGUUUGGCAAUGAUACAAACCCUGCACACCCCAAACAUAUUGGCAGCAUCGACCCCAAUUGCAGCGUGGUGGAGGUCGUGACAGAUGCCUAUGAGACAGCCAAGAUGCUUUGCGAACAGUACUACAUGGUUGCUCCUGAGCUGAAGAUCCAAGAGUUCAAUGCAAAGGCACCCAACAAGCCCAUCCAGACGGUGUAUGUACCAUCUCACCUGUUUCAUAUGUUGUUUGAGCUCUUCAAGAACUCUAUGCGGGCCACUGUGGAGCUGUAUGAUGACAAGUUGGAGGGUUUGCCUCCAGUGACAGCACUGGUGACUCUGGGAAAGGAAGACCUCUCCAUAAAGAUCAGUGACAAGGGCGGAGGUGUUCCACUGAGGAAAAUUGACCGCCUCUUCAACUACAUGUACUCCACUGCACCCUCCCCCAGCCUUGAACCCACGCGAGCUGCCCCGCUGGCUGGGUUUGGACAUGGCCUGCCCAUUUCCAGACUCUAUGCACGUUACUUCCAGGGGGACCUGAACCUCUACUCCAUGGAGGGGGUGGGGACAGAUGCUGUUAUUUACCUAAAGGCUCUCUCCAGUGAGUCUUUCGAGCGACUCCCUGUCUUCAACAAGUCAGCCUGGCGACACUACCAGACCGGCCCUGAGGCAGACGACUGGAGCAACCCCAGCAGUGAACCCCGAGAUGCAUCUAAGUAUAAGGCCAAUCGAUAGCUCCUCUGCUUCUCACAUCUGCCCAUGUCCUGUCGCCACAGCAACUGCCAGCCAACGUGAGCCUGCAUGCUGAUAUUGAGUCGUUGUAGUGGUCUCCUGUCCCUACACAUCAACAGAGGGCUUUACAUUAUGUGACAACCAGCGGGGAGGGGAGGGGAAAAGGAAGACCCGAUCUGUGUUGCUAUUAGUGGGCGCUUGUAGGACUGAGGAAUUGUUACUGUUUCAGUAGUGACCAAAAAUAGGACUGUCCCAAAAUCGAGUUUGCAAACAGAUUAUUUGUCAAGUUCAAGCUAAAUAGACCUAAACCAUAGCAUAGCAAAUGCAUGCAUACAUUCUCACAAAGACAGGGUGCUGUGUCUUUGGUCUGUUAAGUGUUUCAUCUGUAGGGCAUUUUUACAGGGAAACCAGAAGGGUUUAUUUUUGUUGUGGAAACUCACACAGUAGGGCAGGUUUUAGAGAUGGCAGAAAGUGAAAUCAUAUCCUCUUCAGUGGUGUUUACCAGAGUGUUUCUGCACCUGAAAAGUUAUAUAUUGAGUAAAGACAAUAUUGGGGAUUUAGAGCUGCAACCUCAGGAAUGAUUGGCGGUGUAAAAUGCAUACUGUUCUGCUUGUUACUUGAUUCUUUAGGAGAUAUGGUUUCCACUGCCCCAUCCAUUUUGUGCAGUAUUAUCAAAUAAAAGGGACAUUUUAAUAACAUAUUUUUUGGGACUACGCAAAAAUACAAAAUAUAUGAAUUAACUAGAAUUUUCUGUCUGUUUUGUGUUCAGGUUCCCCAUAAUACCAUGUUAUAAAGCAACUUCUGUGAUAUGCACAGUCUUGGAUUGGAACAUCAAAUCUAUUUAAUUGCCCAGUUAUUUACUAAAUAUACUGUUUUGACCACACAGUGAAAUAGGAUGUUCGGACUCGAUUAUGGCCAAAUGGUGAAUCAAGUAGGUCAGCCUCCAUUAUGACCAUACAUUGAACCAGGGCAGUCAGAAUUCAGAUAAACGUUGUGAAUGAAUAGUGCAAGCUACUGUUUGUCAAAAGCUUUAGUAAAUGCCCAAGCUGCAUAAAUGGGUGGAAAGUAACAAAAACCUUCUUAGAUAAGACAUUAAAACAAACUUCCCUGCCAUUUUUGUACUAUUCCAGGAAUAUCUGAGUUUCCUCUAAUAUUUGUUGUUGAUAA